GGCCGCCGGGGCUGUGGUGCGGAGCGGCAGUCGGGUUUGUUCCCCCCUUCCAGUGAGGAUGUGACUUAAAAAAAAAAAAGACGUGACCGUAAAACGCCAGCCGCCGCAUUGAACGACGAGGCAAUCAGAAGUGUGGAAGGCAACCAGUUUUCAUCUUCUCUCACCCACUAACUGGAGGUCGAGCUGCCAAAUGCCAAGGCUGGAGGGACACUGCUGGAGCUGCUCCUGUUCGACGAGGGUCAAAUCGAAGUACCUCUCCAGCGCGUCCUGGCUGGCGUCUAAAGCCGGCGAAAUGAUGACGAUCAUCUCGGCCCUGCUCGGCCACGCUUACGGCUCCCUGCACCACCUCCAGGCCGCCAACCUGCUCCGGCGGGGCCUGGUGCUCUUCACGGUGGGGGUGUUCCUGGCGCUGGUGCUCAACCUGCUGCAGGUCCAGCGGAACGUCACCCUGUUCCCGGAGGAGGUCCUCGCCACCCUCUUCUCCUCGGCCUGGUGGGUCCCGUUGUGCUGCGGCACGGCCGCGGCUGUGGUAGGACUGCUGUACCCCUGCAUUGACAGCCAUCUUGGGGAGCCCCACAAGUUUAAGAGGGAAUGGGCCAGUGUCAUGCGCUGCAUCGCAGUGUUUGUUGGGAUCAAUCAUGCCAGUGCUAAACUGGACUUUGCCAACAAUGUUCAGCUGUCACUCACCCUAGCAGCCCUUUCACUGGGGCUGUGGUGGACAUUUGACCGAUCAAGAAGUGGCUUUGGACUGGGAAUUACAAUAGCUUUUCUUGCCACACUCAUCACGCAGUUCCUCGUGUACAAUGGCGUGUAUCAGUACACGUCGCCAGACUUUCUGUAUAUCCGCUCCUGGCUGCCAUGUAUCUUCUUCUCAGGUGGAGUCACUGUUGGAAAUAUAGGGCGUCAGCUAGCAAUGGGUGGUGCGGAGAAACCCCACAGUGAUUAAAAGUGAUGGAGCAUCAGAGAAGAAAGGGACAUGGUGCCAAUGUGGAGCGUCAGGACAUCGAGAGCGUCUCUGUACUCAACCUCCAGAUCAUCACGGAUACAUUUCAGUGGAAAGAGUCGGGCAUUUAAGUUAAUCACCUUUAAGUAAAGUAAAGGUGGGGACAUACACGCAGGAUCAGAUGUGCCAAUCCUAGAAUCUCACAAACCCGUGUGGCCAAAAUGUUUUUCCAUUCUUACCAGCUCAGCUCACGUUCCUGUGUUUAGCAGAUCAGUGUUUUGCCCUUGAAAAGGGACUGAGUUCAAGACUGGCUUUAUGAAGAAUCGACUUGUGGUGCGAGAGUAGGUCUGGAAUACUGGGAGAAGAGGAGUGGUGCUACAAAGGUUGUUUUUUUUUUGGUUUUGGUUUUGCACGAGUGUAAACUUCUGUCAAUGAAAGGGAAAUAUUUCGGGGCUGUGCAAAAAUGUCUAAAAUGGUAUUUAAAAUCGCCACAGUCGAGAUUUUUGGUAUCGGUGUAAAUAUUUUGAUAUAGAGAAAAUGACAUUUCAUAUGAGACCAGCAUUAUGAAGUGCAUUAGAGACUUUGGACUUUCUAAGCUUGUGGCAAAGAAUCUGAUUAAAGAAAACAUACCUAUUUUAAUGUUAUUGAAAUCUUAUAUACUGUAACCCAUUGCAAGAAGAUUUUAUAGGCACAUGGCUGAAAACUCCUUGAACAUUUCAAGUAGAUAGGCAGCGGGAUUUUUUUUUUCUUGAUGUGCAUUGAAAAUGUAAAUCUUUAAGGAACAUUUUGAAUAAUCACAAUAACCUUAUCAGUAUCAAAAUUGAAAUGAUUAAUGAAGCCUCUAAGGCUACCACUUGUUUUUCUCCAUUUACUGUAUAUGAAUACAUUAAGAUUCUUUAUUUUUUCACUUGGUUUCCUUUUCUCUAAAUUUAUAAAAUGUUUUUUUUUAACAUUUCAACCUAAAUUUGAUACAAAGUCAACCAUGUAGGCGAACGCAUCUAAGCCAAGGAGUAUUCAUAUAUAAGAAAGAAAGGCAUUUUUGCAGAGCCUUAGAAAAUUUGCAAUCUAUGAUUGCCUUUGUAUAAUAGAAUUGAGUGCUUUUGUCACUAUUAAAGUUAUUAUUUGUAAAUAUGUUGUUUAUAGCUUGCAUAUGUAAUAGCUUCUGUAUCUAAUCGGAAUAUUAUUGCCAUGCUAGACCAAGUUAGCAGUUAUUGGGUCUAGAUGAUUAAAGUGCAAUCUAUUUAAUACCAGAGCCUUGUAUUCUUUUGUAUAUUUAUUUCUGCCAUUUGUUACAUGAAUUGAGAAUCCUUCAGUUCUUAAGCAGCAAGGUGAUAAACCACGCAAUAAUAUCUUCCAAAUGCUUUCCUUUGUUUUAACCCUAGCUGUCAGAAGUUAUUUUUUAAGUUGAAUCUUUUUAAUGCUGUCAUUAAGUUCAUAAAUGAUAGCUUCCUGUAAAUACCACUGACCUUUACCACUGUAAGAGAACUGAAAUUAUGACAAAUUGUGCUUUUUACUAUAUCUGUGUUUAAACAUACGUUUGCAAGAUUCAGUUGGGUUCAGUAUGCUGAGGAACAUUGAAAAUGAGAGGUAGAAAUCGAAAUUGGUGAAGUAUAUUUUAAAGGCUUAUAUUCACACAGAAAUGCUGCUAUAUUUGCUCCAUUUGAAUCUAUUCCCUGUCUCAGCUCAGGGUGGCCAAAACGAAGGUAAGAAAAAAAAAAAGCUUUAUUUUUUGGGCGGGGGUUGAAGUUCAGUUUAGGGUGCUUUAUAUUGUGUAUUCAGUUGUGUAUCAGUUCUGCAUUACUAAAUGAAAAAUAAAGAAUAUUAAACUGUGAAA